AGAAAUAAAGUUGUUUUCUUCUUGUCCCACGUGGAGCGAGCAAGGAAUUGUCACUGAAUGAAAGAUGAAGUAGCAGUUAUAAACAGCAGAACAGCAAGAAUAAAUUUUUCAAGGGACAUUUUUUAACUCGUAUGGUUUUGAACAAAAAUAGGAAGAAUCAUGAAUGCUAUUACACCUUCAGUUUUGCUGUUUCUGUUAAUAUUGUCUAAUACCAAACAAAUACGAGGGGAUACUAAAAAUUCGGAUUCAAUAAUGGAUUUUGGAGGGCAGACAGUGAACAAUGAGAAAAUCAGAGAUAAUGAGCAGGUGGAUCGAGCAAAAACUAUUAAUAUGGAGAAUAUAAAAAAUAUCUCUAUAUCAAAACGAGACAUUUACUAUUCAGGAUUUCAGUUGAAAAGAGCACAUCAACUAAUUGCUGUGAAGCAACUGCAAGAAAUAAAAGACUAUUCUAAACAAUACAAGAUGGUCAAGAUCCUUGUGGAAAAAAUUCUAGAGGUUUUGGCUUCUUCAAAGUUAGAGAUAACACAGUCAUCAUACAUUCCAGGAGGAGAGUUUCCAACUAAAGAACAAGAGCUGCAAGCGCUUGCACUAGUUGUGGAGAACACAGCUUUCCUAGGUGACAUGUUACUACGGCUUCCAGAUAUCACUCAUAAGAUACUAAAAAGAAACAAAGAAUGGCAGAUUAUUGUCAAUUGGAGUGUCGGGUUUUGCAAUGAGACAGGCCUGUUUGACAAUGCAAACGAGAAGCUCCUCUCCUUGGUUGCACAAGAACUUAAUCUGGUACCGAGAGAUCCAAAUUAUAUUAAUCCUUACAAAGUAGAGACUCUGAUAAAAGAGGCUAGAGAAAAAAUGGAAAAGACUCAAAAAAGCAAAGAAAGUCGAAAGAAAACCAAAAGGAAAGAGAAAAAAGGACCGAGGCUUAGUCGAUCUGAUUUGUAGACAUUGCUUAAAAUAUAAUAUUGUAAGACUUUCAGAUAAAAUGAUAGUUUGUUUA